UACCUUCCAUUUUUUUUUUCUUUUUCCGUUGUUUAACUAAAUCUUUCUGACACAAUCAACACAUACCUUUUUUGCUCUUGUAUAGAGUACAUUUUUCUACUAUUCCUUUACAAUACUUGCAUUUAUCUAUCGCUUCUGUUCUUUCCUCUCUUCAGCAAGUAAUUAACGCCCUAACAUAAAUCUCUAUGUAGUUUUCCUCCUUAUCAUGAUCAUGGUUUAACUUUUUACACUAUUUAGACUUUCUGAUGGUGUUCCUUAACUUGAACAUAUGCAGUUGUUUUCAUGUUUAUCCUUUCUUGAGCCAGGGAAGGCUGAUAUGAAAGGUUAUAAUGCUGUUAUGUAUUACUCUCAUCUUGAUUGUUCAGAUUUAACAUUUGUGGCUGUAGAUAAGGCCUUUUAAGUUGGUUACACAUGCUUUAGCAGUCUUUGUAGUUUUGCAUGUCUUUCUCUAUGCCUACUUGUUAGUAUUUUCGGCAGUUUUUACACGACUGUAGAUCUGUUUUUUAAGCAUCACAGUAUUCCUGGGAAGGUAUAGAUGCAAUCGUCGUGUCAGAUUUUACUUGGUGCAGUCGAUCAUUAUUAGUGGAUAUGUAAUUGUCUUUAAUUGGUUAUAACAUGUGUGACUGCUCCUCAAAGUGUAAUCUAUGCUGACACAAGGUGUCCAUCAAAUUUUAAAAGAACUGAGACACCUAAAUUACUUGAAUUGAUUGAUUCUCUUUAUAAUUAUCUGAUUAUUCAUAAGCUGAAAUGCGUGUAGGGUGCUUCUUCUUUUUUGUCGUUGCAUUUGGUUUCAUACAUCAAGUCGUUUUUAAUCAAUGUAACCCUGAGGACAUACACCGGGGACGAUCUUUUAGUGGCAAUAAUCUUGGACGAUCUUCUAGAAUUACUGGUUUUGCUGUAGUUACUGAAUCUUUGACAUCAAUGUCUUGCUGUUUUUUUAUGUUGGUUCUGAAGCUCAAAUUAUCCGUGUUUAUGAUUCCUCAGUUAAAUUACAAAUCGCAUUUAGUUUGUAGAUUGCAUUCGGUUGUUUGUAGUGUUCUCUCUCCUUUUUGUGCAUGGGCUUUAACAUUUGCUUAUUUGUGGAAAAUAAUAUGUAGUUACACUGUUUUAUUGUUGCGGUUUCGCAGUGUAUUGUGGCUUUAACCCCUCCUAUCUGUCGUUUAGGGGGAUGCACUUUUAUCUUCUUUCAGCAUUAAAAGCAGGUCGGCGUUCUGAGCAGGCAGUGGGAGGCAAGCUUAAGCACAUAUGCUCCGGAAUCUGUUGUGGGCGACAUCGAAACAUGAUGUAUAUCUGUUGCAGAAUUACUCCGUUAUGCACUGGUCCGCUUUGCUCCGAAGGGGCAAGGAAGUGCUCAAUGUUGCUGGACCAAUAGCCCCAACCAUGAAAGAACCUGGAUCUCUGGCUCAGUCACUGUCAAGGGUACAGAUAAGCACCAUGGCUGUGAAAGACAAUUUUAUGGCGGCUGGUGGUUUUCGUGGGGAGCUUGUCUGUAAGCAUCUGAACCGUUCUGGAGUUGAAUUUUGUACGAAGAUAACAAGCGACGACACGGCUAUUACCAAUUCUGUUGAUAUCUACCAAAGCCCCAGUGGCUUAGUCCGUGUGAUGGCUGCAAACAACGAUGCACAAGUUAGGAUUUUCGACGCUGAAACCUUCGUGAAGCUUAAUCAAUUCUCCUUCUCCUGGUCUGUCAAUAACAUCUCUGUCAGUCCUGAUGGUAAACAAUUUGCUGUUCUCGGGGACAGCACCGAUUGUGUAAUUGCUGAUAUCCAGAACGGGAAGAGAAUAGGGUACUUAAAAGGCCACCUGGACUACUCAUUUUCAUCUGCGUGGCAUCCAGAUGGACGAAUUCUAGCCACCGGGAACCAAGACAAAACCUGUAGGCUUUGGGAUGUGAGAAAUUUAUCGCAAUCGCUUGAUGUUUUAAAAGGAAGGAUGGGAGCAAUAAGAGCUAUAAAGUUCACGUCAGAUGGAAGGUUUAUGGCUAUGGCUGAACCGGCUGAUUUUGUGCACCUUUAUGAUACGAAUUCAGGGUUCAACAAAUUUCAGGAGAUCGAUCUCUUCGGUGAGAUUGCUGGAAUUUCGUUCAGUCCAGAUACAGAGGCCUUAUUUGUUGGGGUAGCGGAUAGAACGUAUGGAAGUUUAAUGGAGUACAACAGGCGGCACUGUAAUCAUUAUCUGGAUUCCAUCUUUUAACGAGUUUAAGAACUAAUAGGGGCAUCGUGGUUGUAACUGUAAUUUUUGUUUACAGGAAGGAUUCUCCUCUGGAAGGGAAAAAUGUGAUUAUGUUACUUCAAAAUUUUGGCACUGGGGUUUCUUCAUCUAAUGAUUCUAUUCCCCGUUGUUUGUGUGUGUACUAUCCCUUUCACAUAAGGGUCAAGGGAUCAGUAAUAGGAAUAGUGUCAAGUCAAUCCUAUUUGACUUGACUCAGUAUCUGAAUAGUUCAGUCUGUUUCAGACAUGUCUUUAAUCCUGUAUUAAAUGUGUCUGAGAGGAGCUGGCAUCUUUAUCUUUUGUGUUUUCUUCUUCACAAGUUUGUAAUAGGAAAAAAUAUCAUUUGCUCCUUUUAUGUCGGGGUCACAUAAGUUUGGCCUGGCCCUUUUGGAAUGUAUACAUUUUCCAUUUGGUCCACAA